CCCAUUGCCAAGACAACUGCGAGUGUGAGUUUGGGGUAAGAGCCCGCUGUCACAACAGAGCAGGCAACAGCUGGGGCUGCGUGGGGCUACAAGGGAGAAAAAGCAGCACGGGACGUGAAUUCAAGGGUUGGUGACACGGUCAAGUUCUGCCAUGUCGGGCAAUGAUCUGCUGAGGGAGAUGGAGAAUGUGGGGCAAAGGCUUCUGGUUAAACUCAAGGACUUGCCAAGGGCAGACACUUCUCAAAUUCUAGCAUUUGCCAUCCUCCUUAUAUUCAUUGGUGCUGUGUUGCUGAUGAUGUCUCUGGCGUGCUGCUACUCCUGCUGUAAUGGACACACUAAGAAGCACAGACUUGCAAGAGUGCAGCCAGCGGGUGUUGUGUGAGUGUCCUCCUAGCCAUUGUACAGAAGGCUGUGUCUGUGAAUUCAACCAGGGAUCUGUGCCACCAUGAAUUCCAUAACAAGCAUCAGGACAGGAGAAAAAACAUGUGUGGGGCAAUUAUAGAAAUCAUACCCCCUGCAACUGUCUCUCUAUAGCUGAUGGUAGUAAGGCAUAUAGAGUGUAUGUCCAAAAUGAUGCUCUAUAGACAAAGUAGUAAACUGGGUCCAACAUGAGAAAGGCGUACCUGUAUGCUCACAAAAAAGCCCCCUGGAUGUUAAAAAACAAAUCUAAAUGAAGAAAAUGGUUUGUGUUGGCUCCCGGGAAAUGCUGGAAGGCUGCAGAUUGGACAUUUCUGAAAUAGAAUGAUGCUGAGUACCAAAGAACAUGAGAUGAGAAUGGGCAGGUGGCAUUAUGAGGCAGAUAUGGGCACCGGCUAAAAGUUCAGCCUCCUACUGACUUCAGUGGGAAAGGCCUGACCAUGUCAAUGUUGGCAGCAUGGGGUGUGUGCCAUCAAUCUAAAGCCGUGGCGUAUUACUGGAGGCUGAAUAGGGGAGGGGGUAUAGUGCUCAUACUAUGCAUGCACAUCUUCAUUUAAUAUCAUAAUUUUAAGUAUCAAAGAAGAAGUUCACCUAAAAACAUAUCUUUACGAUAUGGCAGUAUAACGAAGAGAACCAAUGUUUGGGGUUUGGAGUUAUUCUGCAGGCCUGCUGUUUUUUUAAAGGAAAUGUAAACUCUCAAUGCAAAUUAAUGAGAGGGUUUCUUCCAGAGGGCUCUUUUAAGCACUUCUGCAAUUUAUAUCAUUUUCAAGAUAUUAUCGGUUUUUACACUAAUAUAAUGAAACAACAGUGCCGCCUGCUGUUCAUUUCUUAUGAAUAUAUAUAUCUUUGGAAAAAAGGGGCCAUAAAAUCUGUUGGAGGGCCACAUGUCAGUUCGAUAGGCCUGCUAUAUCUAUAUGCCAAACACGUAGCCACAAGCCUAUCUCUACCUCUUCCUACCAACUGAUAUAUGAUAAAGAUCCUCAAUACUGAAGGGGGAUAAAAGCACAUUGCGGCUUUAGCUCCUAUGAGACAAGUGAAUGUAUAUUGUAACAUAUACUAAGGCUGGGACGUGUUACUCACUGUUCUCUAUGCACAUACAUAUCAUUGAAACCAAAUAGCUGUAAAUAAACGUAUUUUACAAGCUCUGUG